GGAGCGAGACAGUGAGGACCGAGUUCGGUUUCGUCUCUUCGUCACAGUGACUUUUAUUCAUUUCCCUUCGACAAACAAUUUUUCACAAUAAAUUCAUAUUUUUAUUCUAUUGACAAAAGCGAUCGUUGUAUUUACCAUUGGAGCAUUACCUCUUAAUUACGCGCUGAAAAUAAUAAUAUUUUACAUGCUAUAUAGACAAGGUUCGAGGAAACAACUUUCGGCUUGAAAAUUCCAUCACCGGAAUCCUAAUUAUUAAAGGUCAUUUUCGAAAGCGAUCAAUUUUUCGCUUUUUUGUAUUCGGUCAACAGAGUUAUUGGCAAGUAUUUAUUCUCCAAAGAAUCUUCGAAAUCGAUCAUCCAACUGAUUAUUCUACCAAAAUAAUGAGAAACUUCAAUUUUCGUUCAGAUCAAUAUGGCAAGCAGUGGAAAUGACAAAGUUGAUCCUGUGACCGGAUUGAGCGAUCGUGAGAUCAAUAUAUUACAGACAACAUGGGCAUUAUUGACGAAGGAUCUCGUAGCUUCAGGUCUCGACAUUAUGUUGAGUUUGAUCGAUGCUUAUCCCGACUAUCAGUCUCUAUUCGUGUCAUUUAAAGACGUACCGCGCAGUGAAUUGCCACAGAACAAAAAGUUCCAAGCCCAUGGAGUGAACGUCGCUAAAGCUCUGAACACAAUGAUCCUAAAUUUGACCGAUGUUGAUCGUCUUGUACCACAUCUCGAAGGUCUUGGCUCGAGGCACGUAAUACGGGGUCUGACGAAAGAAACCAUCAGCAAUAUCACGGCAGUGAUGGUCGAUGUACUGCGUAGAAAUGUGGGCAAAGAUUUCACGAAGGAAGUCGAGGAUAUAUGGGUCAAAACGAUGAACAAGGCUUGGUCUAUUAUGUUCCCGGUUCCCGGCCAAGACUCUUAAUUUAAUAGGCUAUUUUAACUCCGUUUCUCAUUUCACCGAGUGGAAAGCGAAUAUUUUAUUGAAAAAUUUGAAGAAAAUUCAUUUUUUUUGGAAAAUUUUACGGCUCGCUAUACGAAACGAUGUUUUAUGAAAUCGAUUUCCACUGAUUAUGACGAACAAUGAAAAUUGUAAAAUUAAUAUUGUAUAAAUUUUGACGUUUUAUUUGAUUUUUUUUUUAAAUUAUUUGACUCACGGUAAGCAAUUACCAUAAAAAUAUGAAGAAUUUUUUAGAACUCAUUAAUAUUUUGAUAAGAAAAAUUAUUUAUGAAAACCUAAAGGUUUUAUUCGACGUGCAAAAGUAUUCAAACUUUCUGUAAAAAAUCAAUGUGAACUAUGAAUAAAAAAUCAAUAUUUCUUCGCGUUA